CGGCUCGAUCCGUCCGACCUUCUCCUCUCUCGCUCUCUCUUUUUUUCCUGCUUCUUACAGCCCUGUUUCCCUUGUGUGCCCAGCUCUCCUCCCCCUUUCCCUCUAAGGAUGGCCCAGAAGGAGAACGCCUACCCCUGGCCCUACGGCCGGCAGACGACUCAGCCUGGCCUGAACACCCUGCCCCAGAGAGUCCUCCGGAAGGACCCUGCCACCCCAUCUGCGCUUGUCCUCAUGAGCCGCUCCAAUGCCCAGCCCACAGCUGCCCCUGGCCAGAAGGUUGUGGAGAACAGCAGUGGGACACUCAACUUCUCAACGCGCUCCUUCACCAUUGACGACUUUGAGAUCGGGCGUCCUCUGGGCAAAGGCAAGUUUGGAAACGUGUACUUGGCUCGGGAGAAGAAAAGCCAUUUCAUUGUUGCUCUCAAGGUCCUCUUCAAGUCUCAGAUAGAAAAGGAGGGCGUGGAGCACCAACUGCGCAGGGAGAUCGAAAUCCAGGCCCAUCUGCAACAUCCCAACAUCCUGCGUCUCUACAACUAUUUCUAUGACCGGCGAAGGAUCUACUUGAUUCUGGAGUACGCCCCCCGCGGGGAGCUCUACAAGGAACUGCAGAAGAGCCACACUUUUGACGAGCAGCGAACAGCCACGAUCAUGGAAGAACUGGCAGAUGCUCUGAUGUACUGCCAUGGGAAGAAGGUGAUUCACAGAGACAUAAAGCCGGAGAAUCUGCUCUUGGGGCUCCAGGGAGAGCUGAAGAUCGCUGACUUUGGCUGGUCUGUGCAUGCCCCAUCCCUGAGGAGGAAGACGAUGUGUGGUACCUUGGACUACCUGCCCCCAGAAAUGAUUGAAGGGCGCACGCACAACGAGAAGGUGGAUCUGUGGUGCAUCGGAGUCCUCUGCUAUGAGCUGCUGGUGGGAAAUCCACCCUUUGAGAGCGCUUCCCACAAUGAGACGUAUCGGCGCAUCGUCAAGGUGGACCUGAAGUUCCCCGCCUCUGUGCCCACGGGAGCCCAGGACCUCAUCUCCAAGCUGCUCAAGCAUAACCCCUCAGAACGGCUGCCCCUGGCCCAGGUCUCUGCGCACCCUUGGGUCCGGGCCCACUCCCGGAGGGUGCUGCCUCCCUCCGCCCUUCAGUCUGUCCCCUGACUUGUCCCUGUCAGUUGUGUCUGUUUGUAUGCCCGUGUAUGUGGGGUUGGAAGGAGGGGUACCUGGCCUGUUCCUUUACUUGUCUUCUACCUCCUUUUUAUUUAAUAAAGGCUGAAGCUUUUUAUACGGAUGAGUUUAGAUGCUUUACAUACAGGUGGAGACUGCUGAGG